AUGUCGGCUCGUUUGUUCUUGGCUAACCCUAUCAAGGGCAACAUGCGUCUGUCGAUGCCGGCUGCUCGCUCGCUGGCUACGGCUGCUAUCCGUCAGCCCCUGACACAGGUGACGAUGCUGCCCAACGGUCUUACUGUGGCCACGGAGUCGAACCCAUCGGCUCAGACGGCUACGGUGGGUGCGUGGAUCGACGCUGGCUCCCGUUCGGAGACCCAGCGCAACAACGGCACGGCCCACUUUCUCGAGCACAUGGCGUUCAAGGGCACGAACAACCGUACGCAACACGGCCUUGAGCUCGAGGUCGAGAACCUCGGCGCGCAUCUGAAUGCUUACACGUCGCGUGAACAGACGGUGUUCUACGCCAAGGCGUUCCGCCAAGACGUCGGCAAGGCUGUGGACAUUGUGUCCGACAUUUUGCAGAACUCGAAGCUCGACGCUUCGGCUAUUGAGCGCGAGCGCGACGUGAUUCUGCGUGAGCAAGAGGAGGUCGAGAAGCAGGCGGAAGAAGUGGUGUUUGACCACCUGCACGAGGUGGCGUUCCAGGACCAGGCGCUUGGCCGGACGAUUCUCGGCCCGAAGGAGAACAUCCUGUCGAUUAGCCGUGAUGACCUGACCAACUACAUUCAGUCGAAGUACACGGCCGACCGCAUGGUGCUUGUGGGCGCUGGUGGUGUAGAGCACGAGGAGCUUGUCAAGCUGGCUGAGAAGCACUUUAGCCACCUGCCCGUGGCGCAGAACCCGAUCCGCCUGGGCGAGAACCAGUACGAGCCCAGUCGCUUUGUCGGCUCGGAGGUACGUGUGCGUGACGAUACGUCGUCGACGUGCAACAUUGCCAUUGCCGUGGAAGGUGCGAGCUGGAAAUCGCCUGACUACUAUCCCAUGCUCGUGCUCCAGUCGAUCUUUGGCAACUGGGACCGUUCGCUUGGCUCGUCCCCGCUCAUGUCGAGCCGUCUCUCGCACAUUGUGUCGACCAACAACCUGGCCAACUCGUUCAUGCACUUUAGCACGUCAUACUCGGACACGGGUCUGUGGGGUGUGUACAUGGUCAGUGAGAACCACAUGAACCUGGACGACAUGGUGCACUUUACGCUCAAGGAGUGGCAGCGCGCGUCGACGGGUCCAUCGCCUGCCGAGGUCGAGCGUGCCAAGUCGCAGCUGAAGGCGUCGCUCCUGCUGGGUCUGGACGGCACGACUGCUAUUGCCGAGGACAUUGGUCGCCAGCUCAUUACGACAGGCAAGCGCGCGACGCCUCAGGAGAUUGAGGUGGCCAUCAACUCCGUGACGCCUGCCGAGAUUCAGCGUGUGGCGCAGAAGUACAUCUGGGACAAGGACAUUGCCAUCGCCGCUACGGGCCGCGUUGAGGGUCUGCUGGACUACAACCGUAUCCGUGCGGACAUGUCGACGCUCAUCUACUAA